AUGCAAACAGCACCUAUGCCGGUGGGAGGGCGUUUGGCCAUUAAAGAGACGGCUGUCCUCCUGUUUGGCUGCUCAGUUAAUGACCUGCUUCAAGCCAGUUUGGGCAUGUUUGUACAUACGAUACGGGGUAGACAUGUGGACAGCAGCGGGCCCCUGCUGUUCCACACUUUGGAGCGUGAGCUAGCCACUAGCCUCAAGUCCUUCCCUCCUGUUCCCGUGUGUGUAUCGGUGAACAAUGAUGCGGCUCAGCCCAAAGACAGUCUUGAAAUGCCAAACUGGAACUCUGCUCCAUCGAGAAACCUUAGCAUUUCAAAGAUGGUGUCAGGACAAUGCCAGAACCACUUCAGCCCUUUGUUUACUUACUCAAGGAAGGUUGCCCAGAGCUUUGGAUGCAUGGAGAGUCAUGGAAGGACACGUUCUGCUUGUAAGGACUACCGAAAGUUUGCAUCCAGUGCUAUUGGAAAUUUGAAAAUUGCUGAAGUUGAUCCAGGUGGUCGUUUUGUAAAGAUCAUGAACUGUGCACCUGAAAAAGAGGAGAGCGUUGGGGAUUAUCUUUUGAAGCAGGACAUCCAAAGUCAACCAGUGGCUGUAUUCCGGUUUCCCCCUGAGACCAGGAUGGGGCCCAACUCCACCGUGACAGUUUGGGCAGCAGAUGCGACAGUGCUUCACAAAAGUCCCUCAGAUUUUCUUUGGAAGGAACUGGAGAGAUUUAGGACAAGCCUUACCUGUGCUACCAUUCUCUAUGAGCCCAGUGGUCAAGCUGUGGCUUGGUACACUUUUCUCUACUGGAACAGAAGGCAAGGAUGGGUGGCGAAAGAGGAAAGUGAAGAAUUUGAGAACAUUGUUAUACCAACAUUCCCAACACCAAAGCAAAAAGAAGUCUGGGAAAAUGAACAGGAAUUUGCAAUAACUGAUACAGAGUGGAAGAGGGCUGAUCCACGGCAAACAAUUAAAAAAGGACAAAGCUACAUUAAAAGGUAUCUGACGUUCAUUGUGUGUACUCUGUAA